AUGAGCGGUCUGCAAUUGGAAUGGGCGGAGUGCGCGGCUGCGCCUGCUUCUGCUUGGAAGCUCUUGGACAUGACCAGCGUGGAGCUGGAGGUGAGCGCGCAGGACGCGCCUGGAUGGUACCUCCCUCACUUGCAGCUUGAUGACGAGGGCGAAGAUCUCCAUUGUUACUUGGAUGAGUGGGCGCCCGAUGGUCCAAGCCUUGUUGCCCUUUAUCAUGUGGAAUCUGAGUGCCGUGAGCCUGGUUAUUGGUUUGGGGAAAUGAUCCCCCGUUGCUGGGGUUUGGCUGUGCGAGAGGUUCCGCGCGGCAUCAUCGCAAAUUGCACCUUGACGAUCGAGCCAGAUCGUGGAGUCUUCCAAGCUGUUUGCGCCACAUUGGCUGGAAGAGAGAUCGCCCGCCUCCAAGGAGCUUUGCUAAGGAGGCCCGCGCUGGCUAUGGCAAGCCUUGCGCACCGCCUGAAACAAGUGGCUGUGGAGGACGACGCUUUGCGGAGCCAGAACCAAGAACUCACCGUUGUUUUUGAUGGCGCUGGCGAGGAGCUCGAUCUUGUUGCGGUCGAUGCCCGCGCCC